AUGACCCAGAGCUUUCACGGAGUUGGUAUUUCCCACAAAGCCUUUAAUGAAAAAGCCAGGAGAACUCCCUACUCCUCCCCUCCCGCAACACCCAAGAGCUCCCCUGGUACUGGGCCAAGUAGCAAAUCUCCGGGCCCUCAGAGGGCCCCAUCCACUACCAGUACUUCUGCAAGUGUUUCAUGCACAAAAUUUGAUGAAGGUGCCGAGAGCCAAGAUGAGGAAAAAACAAGCACCUCCCAGGCACCACCGACCACUGAUCUUUUGAGCACAACCCCUCUAGACCAGAAGGCAAUGUUGUUGGUGCAGUUCCUGCUGCACAAGUACAACAUGAAGGAGCCCACAACAAAGCAUGACAUGCUAAAGUAUGUCAUCAAAAAGGAGAAGGCGCACUUCCAUGAGAUCCUCAAGAAGGCCUCUGAGCUCAUGGUGCUGGCCUUUGGCAUUGUUGUGAAGGAAGUCGAUCCAACCAGGCACUACUAUGCUCUUAUCAACAAAUUGAAUCGCUCCUGUGAUGCAAGGCUGAGUGAUGAGGAGAUCAUGCCCAAGACUGGCCUCCUGAUGACUAUCCUGUGUGUGACCUUUAUGAAGGGCAACUGUGCCACUGAGGAAGAUAUCUUGCAGGUGCUUAAGGUAAUGGGGAUAGAUGCCAGAAAGAACCACUAUUUCUAUGGGGAGCCCAAGAAGCUUAUCACCCAAGAUUUCAUAAAGGAAAGAUACCUGGAGCGCCAGCAGGUACUCAACAGCAAUCCUGUGUGGUAUGAAUUUCUGUGGGGUCCCAGAGCCCAUGCAGAAACCGGUAAGAUGAGAGCCCUUGAGUUUUUGGCCAAGAUUCAUGAUACUGCCCCCAGUUCCUUUCCAUCUUUGUAUGAAGAAGCUUUGUGA